CAUCCGCACCCUUCCCCCCGGCGAUCUUGCUCUUCCGCCCUCUCGCGAUGCGCCAGAUGCAACUCAGAGUCAGCUGUCAGAGACUGACCCCUCUGCGGCGGCGUCAGCGAGCCCGUGGAUGCGGCUGACAGAUGUGGCUCUCACUCAGAUGCGCAUCACUACCAUUGGCGGGAGGCAUCCUGAGGCAUCCUGAUCACGCUGCGGGUGCGUGAGGCGAUACAUCAGAGCGAAGGCGACAAUCCGCCGUCAGGAUGCCUCGGUGGGAGCGUACAUACAAAGGGCAUCGCCAUUUUGAGCAGCGAUCUCUCCCUUCCAAGCUUCCCGUCUGCUACUACCGCCAGCACUCCCGACACUGCGCUCGUUUCGCCUUUCGCAUUUUCGUCUUCCGGGUGUGCCGCUUCUUACCUUUUGAACAACUUCUCUAGCAAGUGAGAGCCGUACAGCUUCCCUCAGCCAAACCUUAUCCCCCGGACCCUCACACGCAAUGCGCGGAUUCAACGCUGUUUUCAACCCCGCGCUCGCCGGGCAUGGAAUCCUCAACGCCGCCCUUGCGACGACCAGCGCGCCCGUGAUUCCAGGUGUUGUGCCUACCGCGCCGGGCCCAAACGACGUGUUCAAGGAGGGCGCUCAGUGCACCUUCUCGUGGACCCCCGACCCAUCUGGCCAAUGGAAACAGCUGACGGUACAGCUUAUGUCCGGAGAUAACUUCAACAUGGUCCCUGUCACCACCGUCGCGACCAUCGAUGGGACGGACACGACGAAGACGACGUACUCUUACGCCUGCCCUGACGUCCAACCCAACUCCGCCAUCUACUUCUAUCAGUUCUCGACGCCCGCCGCGCCGAAGAACCUCACCUGGACGACGCGCUUCACGAUCGCGGCCGCCGACGGCUCGACGACCCCUCCCGCGAACGACACCCAGCCAGGCGGACAAAAAAUACCGUGGGGCGUCGGCGCUCUCGUCGACCAGUCCAAGGUCGUUCCGCCCCCGGACUACCUAGGGGGAGGGGCGGGUGCGACGGGCAGUGGCACUGCGGCGCCCUCAGCGACGUCGUCGACGUCUGUGUCUACCACUUCAGCAUCCAGCUCGAGCUCGGACUCAAGCGCUUCCUCGGCGAGUACUGCUCCGGCCACGACGUCGAGCGCGGGGCCCGGCUCUGGUGCGAGUUCGACCGAUACUAGUGGUGUGGAAACCACCGUCACUGUGAGCUUGAGCACGGCUGGGUCGUCGCCGAGCACUACGAGCGGGUCCAAUCAGAGCAGCUCGGGCGGGACGAACAACGGCGCGCUCGGCGGGAAGGCGAAUGUCGCGUUCGGUACAAUCGCGAUGGGCCUCACCGCUGCCGUCUUCGCACUCCUGUCAUAAGCUGGGGUGCGGUGGAUCGGAGCGUGCCCUCAUUUUGCGUCAUUGUAGGGUUUUUGCUUGUCGUGGCCAUACGGACAUUCGAUUUCUGUAAAACUUUAUUCAUGUUGCAUAAUGGUUCAGCCUGACUUUGUGUGAUCGCAGCUACUAUGCCCCGCAUCUCAACCAG